GCAAGUUUGAUUUGCUUGGAUGUAGCUCAUAAAAAACAGGACGGUCGCUUCCGUCGCCAGGCCGGAGCGACCGAAGCCCCCCCGCACUCGUGUGCCUUUCUGUGAUUCCUCCAGUCUCUGUCGCAGCCUGGUGAUGACACUUUUAAGUUCUCUGGCCACUAAGGUCUCCCAACUGUCCUGUCCUGUCCUGUCCUGUCCUGCCCUUUUGUGUCCUCUCUCAUCUUGUCCUCACCGGGUGUCGUACAGGGUUAGGGGUUAUUGUUUUUCUAAUACAAUGGACCCCCACUAUUAAUGGGCAAUAAUGACCGGGCCGGACCGCGAAUAGUGAAAAUCUGCGGGUAAUUGACGCCCCUUGCAAUUUCGUGGAAGGAAAUGUAUUUUUUUUCUUUAAAUCUCAAAAAUUGGUGAAUAAACGGGGAUGAACAUCGACUAAACUUUUUCAGGGUUGCGUUUCCAAAACCACAAAAAGAAAAGACAACAUACCCCCCUGAAAUUGAAGAACAUUCUGAAAAAGUGAAAAAAAAAAUCAGCAGAACGGGCGGGUGCCAAAGCGCGAGUAUGUGAAGGUCCACUAUAUUUGUUUUUCGACAUCCGCUUCCAUCCAGAGAAACACCAGCGAGCUUUUAACGGGAAGAAAUCAAAGCGCAGACAGGGAUUUUCCUUUUCACCGGCCGCUUGUUGACCUUUGACAUUUGCCGUUGUCGACUUUAUCGGUCAGACGACGGCCGCUCGACAGCCAAGCAGCAGCCGGAUGUCAUCGAAGGUGGUCCUCGACGACGACGUCGCCACGGCGACGGUGGCAUCCAAUCAGACGAGCGCGUCAGGUUGCUGCUGCUCACCUUGCGGGGCCAUCAAGGGCGCCGUCGCCGCUGUCCUCGGGACUGUUCAGAUCCUGGUGGGCGUGGCCAACGUGGGCUUGGGGGCGGGCAGGACGCGGACUCGUCCCGGAGAUUUCGCCGGUCUGGGAGCCGCUUACUGGAUCGGGGCCGUGUUUGUCACGACGGGAGUUUUGUCGGUUUUGUCAGGCCAGUGCCCAUCCUGCUGCUUUAAUAGCUUGACGGUGACCGCGAACGUGUCGUGCGCCGUCCUGUCUGCGGUGGCCGUGGUUCUGUACGCGUUGGACCUGGCGGCUCUGUCCGCGGAUUUGUUUUGCGGCGACGGGUGGUACGACAACGGAUGCCGAGAAGCGGCCUCGUACGCCGUCAGGUUGACUCGAGCGAUGGACAUCACGCUGCUGGUUUUGGCACUUUUGGUGCUUUGCGCCAGCGUACUUGCCGCCAUCGCCGCCGCCGUUGCCGCCGCGCCGCCGGCUCAGGUGCGCACGCAGCAUGCCACAACUCCAACACUUGACCGGAAAGUACACGAUUACGACUGGAGAACUCUUCACAACAGUGCAAACUUCCAGUCCUUCUUUUCAUUUUCACUAAAUAAUGCAAACUGCUUAUUACUCACAGAAUUCUAGUUGAUUUUUUUUUUAAAUAGUAACGUUAAGAGAUGAAAUUAUGAGAUUAAAUGUUUCUUUUUUCCAAGAAAGAAGUGUAUCAUAUUGUCAAAUUAAAGAUGGAUUUUUUUUCAAGAAAAAAAGUUUGUAACAUUAAAAUCAUGUUUUGUUUAUUUAAAAUCUUUUUUGGGUGAAAACAAAACAAAACAUAAGAUUACGAGAUUACAUUUUUUAACAUUGUUUCUCGUGUGAUGAUGAGCAAUUUCUUUUUUCAACGUUUUGCGACGUUUGGGUUGACAUUUAUUUUACAUUAAAGUAAUAUUUUAUUUCAAAUAUCAACUCAUGAUAUUACGAUAGAGGUAUUUCGUUUAGGACAAAAAAAAAGCUUUAAUAUUGCCAGAUUAAGUCGCAUCAUUUUAAAGAAAAUAAAAGUUGUAUAAUUACAACAUUAUUGUCAUAAUAUUUUAAAGACAAAGUGGUAAGAUUAAAAAUGUAUUUUUGUUUAAAAGAAAAAUGUCGUAUUAGAUUUCAAUUUCUUUUCAAACAUAGUUGCAAUAAUAAAAGAUUAAAAUCAUUUUUUUAAAAAAAAGAAAAGACAUAAUUUGAGAGUAUUAGAAAGUUUUCAUAUUUGAAAAGAUAUAUAAUAAGAAUUUUAAAGAAAGUCAUUUUAAAGUAAAUGUAACGAUCCUAAAGUCAUAAUACUGAAAAAAUCUAAAGUAAAAAGUCAUUGUAAUACAACAUUAAAAAUUUUUUUUUAUUUUUUUUUUAGUAUUGUGAGAUUAAGUUGUACUUUUUAAAGAGAAAAAUAGUCAGAAUAUAAAAAACCAAAUCAAAUUGUAAGACUGUUGAGGUGUUGGACUUUGGAGGUCGCCGUUAUCCACGGUAGUGGCUAAAAUAACCUCAACUCAACUCGAGUUAAGAUAAACUCUCCUUGUUUUGUGGCUGCAGCGUGAUGAGGAGGUUGAAGAAUUCCACCCGGGGGUGAAGGUGUUCCUCCUGGACCUGGACCGGGACCACCCUGCUUUAAAGCUACCACAACGACCGCCGGGAAGAAUCCAAAUGUACAAUCUCGCUUCGUAAAUAUAUUACU